AUGGCGGACAGUGGGAUAUCUGGUGUUAUCGAAGACGACACUAGCUGGUUGUCAGAAUUAGAAACAGCUUUAGUUGAAGAAUGUGAUUUUGGUUCUUUGCGUAACAUUUGUAAAGGAAGGCCUGUGCCAGUGCAUUUAAGAGCUGAAGUUUGGCAGAUUUGUCUUGGCACAGUUGGGAAAGAUGCAUUAUCAUCUUUUGAUGGACUCUAUGACAUGGAGGGCCAGAGUCAAGUUCGAAACGACUGCAAGGCUUUAGUAGAUAAACUAGGCAAUGAUGAAGAAGAUAAAGUUUCUAUCAUCAGUGAUCUAGAGACUGUGAUAACAUUCUACUGCAAGUCCCGAGGGCUGAAGUACAGCAAGGAGAACGGAUGGAUGGACAUCCUGCAGGUUUUGCUGGCUGUGAAGAUGACACAGUCGGAGUUAUAUAACUGUUUUUAUUCUAUACAAAAUAAAUAUAUUCCCAACAGCUUUAAAAAGACUGGCAGGCUGUUCCAUCUGUUUAGGCUGCUCCUUCAGUACCACGACCCUGAACUGUGUUCGUACUUGGAUACGAGGAGAGUGACCCCUGAUCUUUAUGCAAUGUCAUGGUUUAACAGUUUGUUUGGAGGCACCUGUCACUUACAUGUGUGUCUGUCCAUGUGGGAUGUUAUAUUUCAACAUGCCGAUCCCUUUUUACAGCUAUUUAUGGGCCUGGUCAUUUUAGUAAAUGCAAGAGAUUCCAUACUGGAGAGCAAAGAUCAAAGCAGAGGAGAACUUGUUGAUUUAAUAUCCACAUUUCCACAAGCUCUGGAGGCAGAAGAUGUAGAGGAUUUCUGUUCACUGGCACAGUACUAUGCUUCAAAGACACCACAGUCCUUUAGAAGGGACUAUCAGCUGGCCAUGUUUGGAGGCAGUGUCAUUGCACAGAAGGAGUUUGAUGACAACAGUGUGAUGGAUGCCCUGUGUCUGAUGGUGUCCGGGGAGGAGUUACUGCAGGCCAACAGGAAUAAUAUGAUUAGUGAAGAUUCAGUGCGAUAUUUUGUUGUGGACUGCAGACCAGCUGAACAGUACAAUUCAGAACACCUGACCACAGCUUUUCAUUUAGAUUCCAGCUUGAUGUUACAGAACCCGGAGGAGUUUUCUGUGGCUGUUCAAGCAUUAUUUACUGCCCAAGCUCAGGCCAUGUCAGCAGGUUCGGCAGCAGCAGGAGAACACCUGUGCUUUCUUGGGAGUGGGAGAGAAGAAGAAGAUCAGUACAUCAAUAUGGUGGUGGCAAACAUCCUACAGAGAGGCAAACAGUACGUGUCCAUAGCCAAAGGAGGCUACCCAGGUAUGUCUGAGUCAAUCUGUUUUUCAAGAGAUCUGCUGGGGAAAUUGUCUGAUGUUGUCAAAAGUAAAUCUGCGGAGAUGAAAGUAAAAUUGUCCAACUAUAUAAAGAAUGAGGGAGGUAUUGAAAAGCAUGUGAACAGUGCAGAGAAAGGUGGUAGACGAUACAGAAAUAUGGCCAAUGUGUUCACUAUUGGAGAUGAGGAAGAAGGUGAGGAACACAGUGCUGUUGACUCUGAGGAUGAUGAUGAUCAACAGAAAGAAGUGGUCAGUCUGGAGACUUGGAUACAGAAGCCGGAUGUUGUCUACUCCUGUAAAUGUACAGAAAUCCGUACAAAUGGACACUCAUUUCACAGCAAAUUUGUGUGUUUGACUGUUUCAGUUACCUGCUGGUCACCUCAAGUCCAUCUGUACAUACUGAGAGAAAUUCCUUCUCGGAAAGGCAUGGCACACAUCCAAGCAAGGAGGGCUUUAGGAUCCAUCGUCAAGAUAACAUCAAAGAAACGUCAGCCGGAGCUUAUCACCUUCAAAUAUGGAACCCACGAAGAAGAUGGCUUUCAUGUUACAGAUAUUCACAGGUUCUACAUUCCAACUGCAUCUGACGCCACCAGAGUAAUCAAGCAACAAAUUAUGAAAGUUCUGGAUGCAUUAGAUAGUUGA